UUCUGUGAGUGCGGAUGUGUGUUUUAUCUGAAUUCACUGCUGUAAUCAAGCGCCUUGCACUUGAUUCUGAAUUAAGUGCUACGCUGAUUAAAAAACAGAGACGAGCGCUAACAACCAAGCUUGAUUGUGAUAUCGAACGAGUAGAACUUGAGAGUCUUUCAAUUGUUAACGAAGCGGCAGUAUGGCAUUCGUCCAAAUUUUAGUCAGGUGCUCUGCGAGAGUUGCGUUCCUUAACAAUUCAAUCGGGUUAGUGAAAACCCUUAACAAAUUUGGGUACUGUCAUCGGACAUCCAAUCUUAAUAUGAUUACAAAUCAACAGCUCAUACGUACAUUUUCUGUUGGCACACAGCUCCAGCAAGAUGUGAACAUUACGUUUUUACGUGCCAAUGGCCAAGAAAUACAUACAAAGGGCAAAGUGGGCGAUACAUUACUGGAUGUGGUGGUAAAUAAUCAUAUUGAUUUGGAUGGCUUUGGAGCAUGUGAGGGUACUUUGACUUGCUCCACAUGCCAUUUAAUUUUCAAACCAGAGGAUUUCGAGAAACUGCCAGACAAGGCCGGCGAUGAGGAACUGGAUAUGUUAGAUCUAGCUUAUGAACUUACGGAUACGUCACGUCUAGGUUGCCAAAUAACUCUUACAAAGAGCAUGGACGGUCUGGUUGUGAAAGUGCCUGCAACAAUUAAUGAUGCCCGUAGUGCGUAACAAUCAAUCGAAUCAUUAAACGAAAUUUAACAUAAUAAUUAUUGUUUUUGCCAAUCAAUUUAACAAAGCAAACGAAAACGUA